CUUCCUUCAAACUUCUCUUCCUUCGUUACUAUGGCCGCCUCUUUUGGAACUCUUCAUGUGCUUUUCUUAGUAUGGUUCCUUCCCGCUACCUUCAAUUUAAGCUUCUUCUUCUUCAAAGUAGAGUCAAUCUCAAAUGUCUCUUGCAAUGAAAAAGAUAAGCAAGCCCUUCUAACUCUCAAACGUGGUCUCACUGAUCAUGGACACGUCCUCUCAUCCCGGUCUGACCAUAAAGAUUGCUGUAUAUGGGACGGAGUUUUCUGCGACAAGAAAAUUGGCCAAGUCACUGAGCUCGACCUCAGUUAUUCGAGGUUAGGUGGUGAGAUUAGUGGUUCGUUGCUCCAAUUAGAACAUUUGAAUUACUUGGAUUUGAGUAACAAUGACUUUAAUUGUACUCCCAUCCCAACUUUCCUGGGUUCAAUGUUUAGUCUCACACAUCUUAACCUCUCAGGCGCUAACUUCAGUGGACUCAUUCCUCAUCAGCUUGGGAACCUUUCAAGCCUUCGCUAUCUGUCUCUUGGAUCUAAUUUUGACCUCUAUGUAGAUAACCUUCGUUGGAUGUCUGGUCUCUCUGCCAUUCAAUACCUUGACCUGAGCUCAGCUGACCUUCACAGAGAAGUUGAUUGGCUUCAAAUAAUGAGUAAGUUCCCAUCUCUUUCGGAGCUAUACUUGCAAAAUUGUCAACUUGAUAGCCUGAAUCCAUCUCUUGGAUUUGUCAAUUUCACGUCUCUUCGAGUCCUUUUUCUUUCUGAUAAUCAUUUCAAUCAUGAGAUACCUAAUUGGUUCUCUAAUCUCAGUACAAGCCUCUUAAAGCUUACCAUGUACAACAAUUCUUUGAAAGGCAAUAUACCGCCUAGCAUUUUCAAUUUAGAGAAAUUAGAAUAUCUUGAGCUCGGACUUAAUUCUUUAAUUGGUCCUAUACCUUCUUCCUUUGGGCUUCUCUCUAAGUUAAAAUUUCUAUCCUUGUAUACCAAUAAGCUAACUAAACAAAUUCCAGAGCCGUUAGGCCAACUUAAGCAUCUAACGUUUCUUGAUCUUGGAGUUAAUUCUUUAAAUGGUCCUAUACCUUCUUCCGUUGGAAAUUUAUCUCGUAUGAGAGAAUUAUACCUCGACCAAAAUCAGUUGAAUGGCACCAUUCCAAAGAGUCUUUGGCUUCUCUCUAAGUUAGAGAUGUUGUAUGUCGGAAAAAAUUCUUUAACGGGUACCGUAGAUGAAAGGCAUUUCAGAAAACUCUCAAAAUUAAAGAAUCUCUAUAUGUCUGAAGUAGGUUUGUUCUUUAAUGUCAAUUCCAAUUGGGUUCCCCCCUUCCAACUUGACUAUGCCUCCAUGAGCUCAAUCAAGAUAGGUCCUAAUUUUCCUUCAUGGCUACAAUCACAAAAAUCCCUCAGGUUUUUAGAUAUAUCCAUGUCAGGAAUUUCAAGCAAAGUUCUGAGUUGGUUCUGGAAUUGGACUUCAAACAUUACAUUUAUCAAUCUCUCUAACAACCACAUAGAAUGUGAUGUAUCAGACAUUUUUCUGAGUUCUACUGUCAAAGUGCUCAAUAUAGCUAACAACUCAUUUUAUGGACCCAUUUCUACUUUCUUAUGCCAAAAGAAAUUUAGAAAGAAUAAAUUAGAGGUUUUAGAUGCAUCAAACAAUCUCUUAUCAGGAGAACUUUCUCACUGCUGGAAGUAUUGGCAGUCUUUGAUCCAUUUAAACUUAGGGAGCAACAAUCUAGUAGGUAGAAUUCCCUACUCCAUGGGAGCUUUAGUUAACCUCCAAUCAUUACGUUUACAAAACAAUAGCAUCUAUGGAGAUAUUCCUUCAUCGUUGAAAAAGUGCUCAAAUCUGAGGCUCAUUGAUAUGGGUGAUAAUCAUUUGUCUAUCAUACCAUUAUGGAUUGGAGAAAUGACAAAUCUUUUAGUUCUCUGUUUAAGAUCAAGUGAAUUCAAGGGUUAUAUACCUCAACAAAUAUGCCAACUAUCUUCUCUUGGAAUAUUGGAUCUUGCAAAUAAUAGCCUAUCAGGAUCCAUACCAAACUGCUUGAAAAAUAUUAGCGCCAUGGCAUUACCAGAUUCUUAUGAUAUUUCAUUUUCAUAUUCGGUGCCUUCUGUAUAUUGGGAUAUAUAUUCAUUUUAUGUUGAGAAUGUUCAGUUGGGUCCCAAAGGGAAACAAAUGGAAUACGAAGAGAACCUCAAAUUAGUUAGACUCAUAGACCUUUCAAGUAACAACUUGUCUGGAUCAAUCCCUAUUGAAAUUUCAGAUCUUUCUGAAUUGCGUUUUUUGAAUUUGUCUCGAAAUCAUUUGAUGGGAAAGAUACCAGAAAAAAUUGGGAGUAUGAAAGAGUUAGAGUCAGUUGAUCUCUCACGAAAUCAUUUAUCGGGUGAAAUUCCUCCAAGCAUGUCUAAUUUGACAUUUCUUAGUCUCUUGGACUUGUCAUACAACAACCUCUCAGGUAGAAUUCCUUCAAGCACCCAACUUCAAUCAUUUGAUGCCCUUAGGUACAUUGGAAAUCCUCAAUUAUGUGGUGAUCCUCUUCCAAAAAGCUGCACAAUUGAGGAACAAUAUUUGAAUGGAUCACAAAUUGGCAAUGUUGAAGAUGAUUCCAAAAACUCCAGCUUCUACAUUGGUAUGGGAGUUGGAUUCGCAACUGGCUUUUGGACAAUUUGUGGAGCUCUCUUCUUUAAUAGGACUUGGAGGCAUGCUUAUUUUAGAUUUGUCAAUGAAAUAAAAGAUUGGAUUUAUGUGACUACAAUGAUAAAGAUGAAUUGACUGGAAAAGCUAAGAGUCCGCCUUAGUAAGUGAGGCAUUGUUAUCUAGCCAAAAGGUAUGCAUAAGCCUCUAUUGCACAUCAAGCAGAUCAGAGUGACUGCAGGAAAGUACCAAGGCAAGUGUAUCCAGUUCUGGAGGAUUGUGGGUGUUGUUGACAAUUGAAGGACACUAGCAGAGAUGGUGUGGAUGGGGUGGUUUUGGCUAUGAAGCCAAAUCAUGUGAUGGCAAGCUAUUGCAGUUCUUCCAUAUGCAACCAAAUGGCAUGUACCUAGAUGCCUGGCUGUGCAAAAAGCAUUAACUGAGGCUAUAUAGCUUGAUUUUUGCAGAAUUAUUUCAGCAAUAUCUAGAGUGGAGGAUCUCUUUUUGAGAAAGAAAGUCCCUUGGCAAAUUUUUGUGCUGAUUGAAGACCACAAGUGCAUGGAAGUUGGUGAACGCUAGUGGUUAUGUAUGUUGUGCAUAAGAGAGUCAUUGCAGAUCUUGGGGCCUUGGCUACUCUUGCUUUCUAAUCUUAUAAACAUUUUUGGACUCUACUAAUAGCCAACCAUUCUGAUAUUAUUGUAUCUAAAAACCAAACCAGAAAAAAAUGUUAUCUUUAUACCUUUUUUGGACUUAUUUAAGCCUUGGGCAUAUGUCUGUGUGCAUUCAUUAACCUUUUAAGACAUUACAUAAGAGAUUUGUUUCUUCGUGUAAAUUCCUGUUAAAGCAAAUAAGAGCAAUUGACUUGACCAUUUAAAA